GGCUGCGCAAUGUCGCAUGGAUCGGGGCUCAUCCGGACCACGUGCAGCAGCGGCGGCGCGCCGGGGUCAGGCCUGCCCUCCGAGGGAUUGCUGGACCGGGUGUACCCGCGCACCCAGGGUGCCCUGUUCAAAGUGGCGCAGAUGGUCACCCUGCUGAUUGCCUUCAUCUGCGUGAGGAGUUCCCCUCGGAUCGACUAUGGCGCCUACAGCUUCUUUGAAGUGGUCACCAUCUGCGACCUCAUAAUGAUCCUCAUCUUUUACCUGGUCCACCUCUUCCGCUUCUACCGUGUGCUCACCUGCAUCAGCUGGCCCCUGUCGGAACUUCUACACUAUUUAAUCGGUACCCUGCUUCUCCUCAUCGCCUCCAUUGUGGCAGCCUCCAAGAGUUACAACCAGAGUGGCCUGGUAGCUGGAGCGGUCUUUGGGUUCCUGGCCAGCUUCCUCUGCCUGGCAAGCUUGUGGCUGUCCUACAAGAUCACCUGCAUAACCCAGUCAUCAGAUGUAUCUGCCUGAAGAGGCCAUAGCCUCUGGUCCUUUCCAGGAAUCUACAGGACGUAUGGCUAUGGACUGCUCAGAUGACAAGCCCCGUGGCUUCCCUGGCUUUGCCUGGACACUGGGGCGCCGAGCAUCAAGC